UAGACACACAAAAAAUAGAAUUGUGGACACGGACUUGUCUUGAUUUUCAUUUUGGGUGGUUAAAUGCAAUUGUUAACUUUAAAAUGAGCAACCCACGAUACGGGGGUAGGUCCGACAUCAGUGCUAAAGUGAAACUCGGACUGUCAAAUGGUUCCCUAGAUAGUAGAACCAGCAAAGAACAUGGCGGAGGACUGAAUAAGAAAUCGAGCAGAGUGAAGAAGUCUGUGUACCUAUGGACAGCCACCGAUGUUCGAUCCUGGCUUCAGAGAAAGCACAGAGAUUAUUUUGAACGGUACUACUCGCUCUUCCUAGAGCAUGAUAUAUCAGGUCGAGCUUUAGUGAGACUGAAUGAAUUGAAGCUGGAAAGGAUGGGAAUAGAAAAUAAAGAACAUCGAAUCGACCUUCAUGAGCAAAUCCUCAAACUUCGGAUCAAGCACGAACAGAAUGAACUGCGACUGUUGCGGAAAACUGAUGUCGUGGUCAACAAAGAAUGAGCAAGAAAAGAUGGACAUUUCCGGAGAGGGAAUGUGUUACAUUCUUUCCCCACUUUGUAACCUCGAAGAUGGCUAAGUACAGUAAGAUCAGAGCAAACGUGAGACUUCUGCACAAGACUGUUGCGGUGGUUUGCAAGGAAUGAGCAAGAAGAAAUGUCUGAGAGAAAAUCUCUUUUCUUUAUUGUUAUUAAAGACCUUUUCUCAACUGUCAAAUGACUUCUACCCCAAAGUGUUGUUGAGGAAUCAUGAGGAAUGAGAAAGAUGCAAAUAUUUGAAUGGAUAUUAGUGCAUGAUCAGAGCAUGAGGAAAUCAUUUUACCCUAUACCUAUCUUCCUUGGACUUUGGUGGUACUGUCGUCAAACACCACUCAAAUGAACGUCUUUGUGGAAUCGCUACGGUAAUCAAGGAAAGGGCAAGACACAGUUUUUCUUCAGAGGUUAUGCCACAAACUCAAGAGGUUGCGUUAAUAAAUGUACGUGGAAAAAUGUAUAUUUUGGACCGAGCCUUGUACUGCUAAGGACUGUUAAUAUAAUCUUUUAAAACCAUUUGACUUGCAAGUUGCUUAGGUGGUAUACUGUGAGUGUCUUGUAUCACUUUGCAAAAGAGCCAAGGCUCGAAAAUCACUCUUUUCUUGCCAUUUUUUCCCCUUGAUAGUUGGUGACAUUUGGUGCUUAUUCCAUCAAUGAACAAGUCAUUACAUUAGUAUCAAUGGUGUUUAUUUUAAAUAAUAAAUAUUUACAGUGGGUGAUAAUGCAUCCUCUUGUCUUUAUUGUGCAAGCACUGAUCCUAAAAAUCUUGAGUAGGCCUCAAACUUACUUGUAACAGGGAAGUUAAUUAGCAUCCCUUAUUUUUGACUUUGGAGAAACAACAUUAGCAAGCAAAGUGCUGUACAGAAUGAUACACGUAAAGCUUUUUGAGAAAACUGCUAUUAAGUAUGGAGAUUGAAAAGGACUGAUAAGCUUUAGAUGUUACGAGGAAAGACAGUAGUCUCCAAACUUUUAAGAGAGUCUGUCUGUGCGUAGAAGAAAUAUAUUCGUUGAGCAGGGGAUAGCUCAAUAGGAGAUCAUGUGCAAUGUCGGAUCCAGGGGGGGAUGGGGGCAUUUUCCUUUUGAGAGUUGCAACAUUUUUUUUUUUAAUGGGAAUACGUCGUUGAUCAGGGAAUUAUUUUGCUUUACAAAUUUGGAUAGCAUUUGUGGUCAAGAGAAAAGCUUUCAACAAUGUAAAGUACAGUCCUUUGUAAAAGUAUGCUAUCCAGAGCAAAUUGCGAUCCGAUACCAGGAAAAUUAAUCCCUGUUGAUUUACACAAUUUAGCAAUUUGGAAAAUUUGGAAAUCCUGGAUCUGUCCCUGGUUGUGUGAAUUAUUAUAAGUUUGUACUCACAUGAAUAGUGUGUUGGACUAUCUGAAAAUUUAGCCAGUAGCCACACAGGGGCUGCAUAGGAAUCCACAUUCAGGGUAAGUCGAUUAUUAGUCAAUCAACAUUUUAUCAUUAAUAAUGGUUUACAAUUGGUUAAUGUAGGUGCUUGUUGAAAACAGGAAAUUGCAAUUUGCACUGUGUCAAACUCAAUUCCGCUGUGAAUGUUAACAAGCUUGUAAAAUCAAUAAAUCACCCCAAAUCAAUCAAUGUCUCGCAACUAAUUAUGAUUUGCAAUUUGUUACGGUACAUGUAGAUGAGAUGUAGGUGCCUCUUGAAAAGGGAAAUUGCAUUUGCUCUGUGACAGACAAAGUUAAUCUGUCUCUAAUGAAUUGUUUACAAGGUUGUACUAAGAGGAUCUGUGUAUAAACGUGUAGUAAGGCCACCACUGCACACCUUACGACUGUUCGCGAUCUGAUUUUGGAACAAAUUGCAUUUUGCUCAUUUUCUGAAAAUGUGAA